GACCAGUUUACCAACUCCAAUUGCGACUCGGUGUCAGCCCGCGUUCACCGCGCACGUAGAGAGACGCAAACGGAUCACGAUCAGCAGGCAGGAUCGCUUCGGAAUGGUUAGUCUGUUGUUGAUAGCGGCUUGAAAAUUUAUUUAUUUAAUCGAAAUGUCCAAACGAAACAGCGACUAUGUGGUCACGGAGCAUCGCGAUUUACAGGCUAACACCAUGGCAGUGGACGCGACCGGCAAUUACGUCCUGUUGGCCGGGCGUAGGUACUUGGCGGUGAAGCACCUGGACGAGGACGUCAACACGGUGAAGAAAUUUCAGCGACAGAGCAAGUACGAGGUCGGCUCUGCCGAAUGGAACCCGUGCGACUCGAAUUGCCACCUGUGUGCCAUUUCUAGCAACACGCGAAUCGAAAUAUUGAAUUUCAACGGAGCGGGUGGAUACGAGCUGCAGACUACACAGAGCCUGAAGGCCCACACGCGGGUGGUUAGCGAUCUGAACUGGCACCCCAAGGAGCCGGAUAUUAUCGCCUCUUGCAGCAUCGACACGUUUAUACAUAUCUGGGACAUAAGAGAUCAGAGGAAACCGUGCUUGUCUCUGUCUGCAGUUGCGGGAUCGUCCCAGGUGCGUUGGAAUCCACUGUUGUCGCAUACCUUGGCCACGGCGCACGACGGAGACGUCAAGAUAUGGGACCAGCGGAAGGCAACGAGCCCUGUGCAGUAUAUAACGGCUCACCUGACAAAAAUACACGGUCUGGAUUGGUGUCCCUUUCAACAAAAUCAACUGGCAACGUCGAGCCAGGACUGCACCGUCAAGAUCUUCGAUAUUGUCAACCCGCGCAGGGCCGAGAGUAUUUUGACGACGAAUUCGCCGGUGUGGAGAGCAAGAUACACGCCCUUCGGAGAGGGUUUGGUGACGAUAGUGGUGCCGCAAUUGCGACGUGGAGAAAACAGUCUUUUACUAUGGAACACGUCGAACCUCAGCGCGCCGAUAUACACGUUCGUGGGCCACACGGAUGUCGUGCUCGAAUUUCAAUGGCGGCACCUGAAACUAGAAAACGGCGAGUUCGAACUCGUUACAUGGUCCAAGGACCAGUGUCUGAGGAUAUUUAAAAUCAGUCCGUUCAUAAAGAAAUUGUGUAGCAAUGGUAUGGACGAUGGCCUGUCAGUUUACAGCCAGUAUUCCGAAGAGAGUAAUCUACGAACUCUGCAGUCCGUCCAAGAACUGCAGUUGAACACGUCUCCGAGCGAGCCUGAGAUAAAUUACAUUACGACCAAAGUGGACGAGCCUGUGCCGCAGUCGGAGACGAUCAGCCUCCCAGAAAAUUCCAAGAAAGUCUCGUCUCCCACUCAGCCAAAGAGUUUGCAGCAGGAAUUUUCUCUGAUAAACAUGAAUAUACCAAAUAUAGAGGUUAACGCGAUGGACGUGGUGGAGAGAAGCUGCACGAUCACCGCGUGUACAAAGAACUACAAUGUGAUACUAAAGGUAAAUUUUCCCGUCAAUUAUCCAUGCAGCGCGCAACCGACGUUUCAGUUUUGCCCUGGCACCACGAUAGACAGCGCGACGAUGACCAAGCUGCUCAAGGUCCUCGUGCAAACCGCUCAGCAUCGCGUCAAGAAGAACAGAUCGUGCUUGGAACCGUGUCUCCGACAACUGAUUAUCACUUUGGAGCAGAUGUGCAAGAAGGACGAGGAUGAGAGCGGUCAUCUGGUGUAUCACAUGCAGGAUAAUAGCAAUUUCCUCAGUUCCCCCAAUAUCUGCGCCAAUUAUCAGGACUCCUAUAUACCGUUCCCUAGAACGUCCGGCGCUAAAUUUUGUUGCGUAGGUAUCCUCGUUUGCUUCGGCCGUCCUUCCUACGCGAGAAGGUCGUCGAUGAAGCCGGGAGACGCGACGCCCAGAGCGCUGUCCGCCUUGGACAAUAGCAUCGGUAACGGCGAACCUUUCAUGCACAUGUACCGAAGUUCCUACGUGCCAACUAACGACAACAUGUCUAUCAGCUCGUACUACUUUCAAGAUCGUCAGAAGGAUCUUCGACGUGGAUUGCAUGGCGCGGGUAGAAUGCACGACCGGUCGUAUUUCAAGAACUGUCACCCGAUGGUUAUGAUAUACGACGUUUCGUCAUUGUUCUUCGUUAACAAGGAACUCGCCGAGAAGUAUACAAUCAACACCGCCCAUAUCUCGUCCAUGUAUCAGCACAAUGCGAACGUGGCUGCCGCGGUGGAAAGGCCCGACUUAAUUCAGACUUGGUGUUUAGCUGGUUUAAUUAUUUCGCCGUCCAACGCUGAGCAGAACUCUUGCCAAUCGGGCCAUUCUCUCGACAUCAAUGCUCCAUGGCCUCUACAUCCCUGGGGCCAAAACUUGAUUCAUUUCUUAAUACAGCAUUACGCUAAGCAGUCCGAUGUUCAGAUGGCCGGCAUGCUGAGCUGCGCACUUAGCUACCGAUCCGAGAACACCGACGCUUCGCAAACCAAGCUGACUAGCAAAUCCGUGAACGUCAGUAGGCUUUCCAUAGGAAAAUGGUGGUUAAAGCCUGGUGGUUCGCCUUAUCACACGAUACAUUUGGCGGACACCACGUUAGAGGGAUGGAAUUUUCAGAAUCUGAAGCAACAUCGGUCAAACUCGUGGUCGGAGUCGUUGGAUGAUUUCAAAGUCUUCCAGGACACCUUUGGAGACUCGACGAAAAACAAAUUGUUCGAUGAGAAAUACACGGCGUUGUACGAUGGGUACAAGAAGGCGUACGCUGAGGCGUUACACAGGUGGGAGUUGUUGGAUGCCCGGACGCAGGUAUUGAAACACCUUAGCGCGUCCUCGUUCGACGUGCAGAAGGACGUCGAGUUGCAGAACGAGUGCCGAAUCUGCGGAAAGAUCAGUCCAGGCCCGCAGUGCGCUAAUUGCAAGGGAUUGAGCUUCCAGUGUAUCGUUUGCCACGUUACAGUCAGAGGUGCGAGUAACUCGUGCAUGUUUUGCGGCCACGGAGGACACAUUGAGCACUUAGCAGCGUGGUUUGCCAAAGAAGUGGUAUGUCCCACGGGCUGCGGCUGUCAUUGUUUGCAGGAAAACUCAGUGCUAUUUAAAAUAUAGGUAAUGUAGAUGAAUUUGUACAUAUAAUCAUGAUCUGUGAUAGCCAUUGUUAUGAAUACAUGAAUAAAUUUUUUUUUAUUCCA